UUCAUCUUCUUCUCUAAUAACACGAUGUGCAAUUGCUACUGUUCCUCCUUCCUUCCUCUCCCCCUGUUCGAAGCUGCUCGAGUGGUGGUGAGACCCAGUUCAGGGAGGAGGAGUCACCUCUCAAUCCACGAAAGUACAACUCUUCCCUCGUCACAAGCAUAUUGUUUUGAUGCCCAAGACUCUGCCUUUCUCCGAAUACUCAGGAACCCAAGCCACAAGUUCGUAACUUGCUCGAGUUCAUCACUACCCAGUGAAGAAGAAGAAGAAGAAGAAGAAGAAGAAGAAGAAGAAGAAGAAGAAGAAGAAGAAGAAGUGGAUUCUUCUCAUUUGGGAGAAUCUCCUCGAGGUGGUGGUGAUCUGAUUCGGGGAGUAGGUGAGAAGGAUCUGAAAGGAUUCAAACAGACGACCACAAGAUCGAAUCUUUUAGCUAAGCAAGUUAUUAGUAUACAAUCAGCUCUGAGUUUAGGAUUCAUCUCUCAGCUCUGGGUUGAUACUUCUUCUUGGUUGGUUUUGGUGGUGGAUGUUAAACCAAGCUUGCUAUCUGGAGAGUCUGAGAGAUUCUUGCUCACAGACAUCACUCGGGUGGGAGAUGUUGUUCUUGUGAAAGAUGAUUCUGUACUGGAUACUGAUUUCAAAAUGGUCCGACUUGAAACACUGGUAGGUUACAGGGUAGUGACAGCUGGAGGGCGUAACAUCGGAAAGGUUCGAGGUUACUCAUUCAACAUUAACUCCGGAGCAGUUGAAUCGCUUGAGCUUGAUUCGUUUGGAGUAACAAUCAUACCAUCAAGCUUGGUUAGUACAUACAGAUUAGAUGUUGAGGACGUAAUCGAGGUCUUCGAAGACAUAGUUGUGGUUGACGAAUCUGCAGCUUUUAGAAAACAGAGGUUGACAAAGGGACUAUGGGAUGCUCAGUUUGGUAGUGAAUACUCUUCUGAUGUUGAGGAGCUUGAGAGUUCAUCUGAUAGAAGGCGGCGAAGCAGAAGCAGUAGAUCAAGUCGAAAGAAGAAAGAUUUAGACGAUGAUGACGAAUGGGACAUGUUUCGCUAGAAGUGAUGCAUUCAUUGUUUGCCUGACAUUCAUCUUAUUAGCUUCUUGACUUGCAUCUUCAGCUGUGUCUGAUAGAGAGAAUGUAAAAUAACGUUUCUUCAAAUAACAUUAUGAGUUCACAGUGAGAAUAACGUUCUAAUGCCA